AUGAAAAAGAAUCAAACACUUGUGACAGAAUUUAUCCUGGCCGGGUUUUCCAGUUUCCCAGAUCUGCAGACUAUGUUAUUUGUUUUGUUCUUUCUCAUGUAUAUUAUAACCAUGAUGGGGAAUCUGCUGAUAAUGGUAGUCAUUGGGAUUGAUAGGACCCUCCAUGUCCCCAUGUAUUUAUUCCUCUUUGCUUUGUCCUUUUCUGAGACUUGGUACAGUUUAGUCAUUAUUCCUAAAAUGCUGAGAGACUUGCUAGCCAUGAGUAAAACCAUCUCUUUUGCUGGAUGUGCUGCACAAAUGUUUUUAUUCCAUGGACUGGGUGGCACAAACUGCCUCAUUCUCACAGUAAUGGGUUACGACAGGUAUCUAGCGAUAUGCAAGCCCUUGCACUACCCAGUCCUCAUGAAUAGGCAAGUGAUCCUACGGCUUGUAGCUUUUUCCUGGACUGGAGGGUUUCUCAUAUCCCUAACUCAGACAGCUCUGGUUUUCAGGUUGCCCUUCUCUGGCUCCAACACCAUCAAGCACUUCUUGUGUCACCUACGGACCGUAGUUAGGGUGGCCUGCACUGAUGAAAGGACCACUGAAGUAAUUAUCUCUGCCAUCUCUGCUUGUGGUUUGUCUGUCAGCUUCCUGUUCAUUAUGUUGACAUAUGUCUUUAUCAUCUUGACCAUUCUUCAGAUUACUUCAACUGAGGGCCGGCAGAAAGCCUUCUCCACCUGUGCCUCCCAUCUCAUUGUGGUGAUUGUGCACUAUGGGUUUGCCGCAAUUGUCUACCUCAGACCCAAUGCGCCUGGCGCUUUAGACAAUGACACCCUGAUGUCAAUACCCUACACCAUAAUUACUCCCCUUCUCAGUCCCAUAAUAUUUACCCUAAGGAACAAAGAAAUCAAGGGUGCCUUAAGGAUAGCAAUUAGCAAAAAACUACUGACCCCCAAAGAUAUGAAAUAUUGA